AUGGUUACCACCCGUCGUGCCGCAAAGGCGGCCCCUGAAGAGAACACCAUAGCUAUGGAUUCUACUCGAACUACUUCGACGCCGCGCACUUCACCAUUCCUCCCGACGCCCCUUGAAAGAGCUGGUCUGGUGGUCUUCCCAGCAAUGCUGGUUUUCGGCACCAUCUUCUCCAUAAUCUCGCCCCAGACGCGCGCCUCCCCAUACGAUCCCGUCGCGCAAGCGCACUUGCAAGACCCGAGCUUCUCACCAAGCUACUUUGCGCGCAAGUCCAAUCUGUUCAACGUGUUGUUCGUCAAGAGAGGCUGGGCCUGGAUUACCGUUGCUUUCUUCACCUUCGUGUUUACCCACCCCAGCACUGCCAACAUUGAGCGACGUGCCCGUGCUAUUUUCCGAUGGUUCGCUGUUACCUCUAUGUGGUUCCUUGUUACCCAGUGGUGUUUUGGUCCUGCCUUGAUCGAUCGAGGUUUCCGAUGGACAGGUGGUCGCUGCGAGCUUGCUAAGAGGGAGAUCGAGUUUGGCGCUGACACUGUCGGGGACAAGGUCACAGCAGUUGCAUGCAAGGCUGCCGGUGGAAAGUGGAAAGGUGGUCAUGACAUAUCGGGCCAUGUCUUCCUCCUUACUCUCGGUACCGCAUUCCUCAUGCAGGAAGUUGGCUGGGCUAUAUUGCGAUGGUCCGGAAAGCGUAACGAGGAGCGAUGUGUUGUCAUGAGCGAUGGCGCACUGAAGAGUGCCAACGUGGAGGCUGAUCAUGCUAUGGGUGAAGGCGCAGCGCAGCCUGUCUUGGGACUCGGUGGCAAGUUUGCUGUUGGAGUCAUGGGCUUGAGCUCUUGGAUGUUGUUGAUGACAGCCAUUUACUUCCAUACCUGGUUUGAGAAGUUUACGGGACUCUUGGCCGCUGGUACAGCGUUCUACGCUGUGUAUAUUGUACCUCGCUUUGUGCCCGGUGUGAGACAGCUUGUUGGUCUCCCUGGUAUAUAA